GAAGAUUCACUACUGGCACCUGGCGAUCACCGUGUAUCACCGAUGGGGGAGAGACCUGUAUGUAAACAAUACCGAUCUCUCCCCUUUCAGCUCCAGCACACUGCUUUGUAUGGCUCUGCAUAGCACCGCCAUACAAAGCAAUGUGCUUACACAGUGAAGCACACACAGCACACAGUUAACUCUUUGAUCGCCCCAGAUGUUAACCCCUUCCUGCCCAGUGCCAUUAAUACAGUGUCAGUGCUUUUUAUUAGCAUUGAUCAUUGUAUUGGUGUCACUGGGGAUGUCAGUGACAGUCAGUUCUCCCCAGUUGUCAGAAUGCCCGUCGCAGUCCUGCAGUCCUACUAUAAGUCGCUGA